AUGGAACCCAUGGAGCUACGUUGGAAUACAUCUGGCGGUGUUCAGAAAGUUUUUAUCUCAAAUCCGACUGAUACACGCCGAGCAGUUAAGGUGAAAUGUUCCGAUAACAAUUUAUAUCGCGUAAAUCCAGUCUAUUCUUUUAUUGAACCAGGGCAAGUAUUGGCUAUUGACAUUUUGCGCCAAAAUGGUGGUGCUAAGGUGGAUAAAAUGGUUUUCGUUGCUGCUAUGGCGAAGAAAGAAGAUCAAAAUCCACGAGCUGUAUUUCAGGAUAAAUUACCGAAACCUAUGAUGAUUUUACCGCUAAUUGCAACUGGCAAUAAUGCAUAA